GUGCACGCACCCAGACGUUUUGCGGGAGCGAGCGCGUCCGGGAGCUCGCGGCCGGAGAAGGCCAGCGGGUUAGGAGACCCGCGCCCGCCGUUCAGAGUACCUGUGGAGUAAACAAUGGAUUCCUUAGACCACAUGCUGACUGAUCCCCUGGAACUUGGUCCGUGUGGAGAUGGCCAUGGCGCGCGGAUCAUGGAGGAUUGCCUGCUGGGAGGCACCAGGGUUAGUCUGCCGGAGGACCUUCUGGAGGAUCCUGAGAUAUUCUUUGAUGUCGUCAGCCUCUCAACAUGGCAGGAAGUGUUAAGUGACUCUCAACGUGAACACCUCCAGCAGUUUCUGCCUCGCUUUCCUGAAGACAGUAUUGAGCAGCAAAACGAGCUCAUCCUCGCCCUGUUCAGUGGAGAGAACUUCCGCUUUGGGAACCCUCUGCACAUUGCCCAGAAGCUCUUUCGAGAUGGACAUUUUAACCCUGAGGUGGUCAAGUAUCGGCAGCUCUGCUUCAAGUCGCAGUACAAGCGCUACCUCAGCUCCCAGCAGCAGUAUUUCCAUCGGCUGCUGAAGCAGAUUCUCGCUUCCCGGAGUGAUCUGUUGGAGAUGGCCCGGCGGAGUGGCCCGGCCCUUUCUCUCCGGCAGAAGCGCCCUUCACCAUCCCGUACCCCGGAGGAGCGGGAGUGGCGGACCCAGCAGCGCUACUUGAAGGUCUUGAGGGAAGUGAAGGAGGAGUGUGGGGACACAGCCCUGUCGUCUGAUGAAGAGGCCACGUUGGAUUUACAAGAAAAAUUUUCUUUUGAAGAUCUCAGCUCAUGGCUUCCGAGCUCUCCAGCGCGUUCUCCUAGUCCCGCGGUGCCCCUGAGGGUGGUGCCCACGCUUUCAACUAUGGAUAUGAAAACGACAGAUAAAAUAGAACUGGGGGACAGUGACCUGAAGAUGAUGUUAAAGAAGCACCAUGAGAAGCGGAAACAUCAACCAGAUCACCCAGACCUUUUGACAGGGGACCUGACCCUCAGUGACAUCAUGACUCGAGUAAAUGCUGGCAGGAAGGGCUCUCUAGCAGCCCUAUAUGACUUGGCUGUCCUUAAAAAAAAGGUUAAGGAAAAAGAGGAAAAGAAGAAGAAGAAAAUAAAAAUGAUCAAAUCCGAGGCAGAGGAUCUGACUGAGCCCCUGAGCAGUACUGAAGGGGUCCCCCCGCUCUCACAGGCCCCAUCUCCACUGGCCAUUCCUGCUAUCAAGGAAGAGCCCCUCGAAGACCUCAAGCCUUGCCUUGGAAUCAAUGAAAUAUCUUCCAGCUUCUUCUCUCUUCUGUUAGAGAUCUUGCUGCUAGAGAGUCAGGCUAGCCUUCCUAUGCUGGAGGAGCGCGUUUUGGAUUGGCAGUCAUCUCCAGCCAGCUCCCUCAACAGCUGGUUCUCUGCGGCUCCCAACUGGGCCGAGUUGGUGUUACCAGCCCUGCAGUAUCUUGCUGGAGAAAGCCGAGCUGUUCCUUCCAGUUUCUCUCCAUUUGUUGAAUUCAAAGAGAAAACCCAGCAGUGGAAAUUGCUUGUCAAUACAGCCCAGCAUAUUGGUAAAAAGAGGCAAUAUCAGACCUUAUUUUGCUCUGUGAAGGAAUCCUUCAAGAUCCCUUUUGUACUCUCAAGAAGAACUGACUAUGUGGUACGGCCCAGCACAGGGGAGGAGAAACGGGUUUUUCAGGAGCAGGAGCGUUACAGGUAUAGCCAGCCUCAUAAGGCGUUCACCUUUCGCAUGCAUGGCUUCGAGUCUGUGGUGGGGCCGGUGAAGGGCGUGUUUGACAAGGAGACCUCGCUCAACAAGGCCCGGGAGCACUCCUUGCUGCGCUCCGACCGGCCUGCCUACGUCACCAUCCUGUCUCUUGUGCGGGAUGCUGCGGCUCGGCUGCCUAAUGGAGAAGGCACACGGGCAGAGAUCUGCGAACUGCUCAAGGACUCCCAGUUUCUUGCACCGGAUGUCACCAGCACUCAGGUGAACACGGUGGUGAGUGGCGCGCUGGAUCGGCUGCACUAUGAGAAAGACCCUUGUGUGAAGUACGACAUUGGGCGAAAGCUGUGGAUCUACCUGCAUCGUGACCGGAGCGAAGAAGAGUUUGAGCGGAUUCACCAAGCACAAGCAGCUGCGGCUAAAGCCAGAAAAGCCCUUCAGCAAAAACCUAAGCCCCCGUCCAAGGUGAAGUCCAGUAGCAAGGAGAGCUCUGUAAAAGUCCUCAGCAGUGGCCCUUCAGAGCAGAGCCAGAUGAGCCUCAGUGACUCUAGCAUGCCACCCACCCCAGUCACACCUGUAACCCCCACCACGCCGGCGCUGCCUGCCACUCCGAUCUCGCCUCCACCUGUAUCAUCAGUGAACAAAAGUGGCCCUACCACUGCCUCAGAGCCAGCUAAGUCUAGCUCAGGUGUUCUUCUGGUAUCCUCACCCACAAUGCCACAGCUGGGAACAAUGCUUUCCCCAGCUUCCAGCCAGACUCCACCCAGUUCUCAGGCUGCCCGAGUCGUGAGCCACUCUGGCUCAGCAGGAGUGCCUCAGGUGCGGGUGGUGGCCCAGCCUACCCUCCCUGCUGUUCCCCAGCAGGCAGCAGGGGCAGCACAGACACUGCCGCAGAUGCCUGGAGGACCGCAGAUCCGUGUUCCAGCCACUGCCACACAAACCAAAGUGGUGCCCCAGGCGGUAAUGGCUACUGUUCCAGUCAAAGCGCAGACUGCAGCGGCCACUGUGCAGCGGCCUGGACCUGGGCAGACGGGGCUCACGGUGACAAGUCUCCCCGCUGCAGCCAGCCCUGUGAGUAAGCCAGCCACGAGUUCUCCUGGGACCUCUGCUCCAAGUGCCUCCACGGCCGCUGUCAUCCAGAACGUCACAGGACAGAACAUUAUCAAGCAGGUGGCAAUUACUGGGCAGCUUGGUGUGAAGCCCCAGACGGGCAACAGCAUUCCUCUCACAGCCACUAACUUCCGUAUCCAGGGUAAGGAUGUAUUGCGUCUGCCACCCUCUUCCAUCACCACAGAUGCCAAGGGCCAGACGGUUCUGCGAAUCACUCCGGACAUGAUGGCCACAUUGGCCAAGUCCCAGGUUACCACAGUCAAACUGACCCAGGACCUCUUCGGGACAGGAAGCGGCACCGCAGGCAAAGGCAUCUCUGCUACCUUACACGUCACUUCCAAUCCAGUCCAUGCAGCUGAUAGCCCUGCCAAGGCCAGUUCAGCCAGUGCCCCUUCAUCCACUCCAACAGGUACCACCGUGGUCAAAGUGACUCCUGACCUCAAGCCAACAGAAGCCUCGAGUUCAGCUUUUCGCUUGAUGCCAGCUCUUGGUGUGAGUGUGGCAGACCAGAAGGGCAAAAGCACAGUGGCGUCUUCAGAAGCAAAGCCAGCUGCCACGAUCCGCAUCGUGCAGGGCCUGGGGGUGAUGCCUCCCAAAGCAGGCCAGACCAUCACUGUUGCAGCCCAUGCCAAGCAAGGGGCCUCGGUAGCCAGCGGGUCUGGAACUGUUCAUACUUCAGCGGUGUCCUUGCCCAGUAUGAAUGCCGCUGUGUCCAAGACUGUGGCUGUGGCUUCUGGGGCUGCAAGCACCCCCAUCAGCAUCGGGACAGGAGCCCCCACUGUGCGGCAGGUCCCUGUCAGCACCACGGUUGUGUCCACCUCGCAAGCUGGGAAGCUGCCUACACGGAUCACAGUUCCACUCUCUGUGAUCAGCCAGCCGAUGAAGGGCAAGAGUGUGGUCACGGCCCCCAUCAUCAAAGGCAACCUUGGAGCCAACCUCGGCGGUUUGGGCCGCAAUAUUAUCCUCACGACCAUGCCAGCGGGCACUAAGCUCAUUGCUGGCAAUAAGCCUGUCAGUUUCCUUACUGCCCAGCAGUUGCAGCAGCUUCAGCAACAAGGUCAGGCCACACAGGUGCGCAUCCAGACUGUCCCCACAUCCCAUCUCCAGCAGGGAACGGCGUCUGGCUCCUCCAAAGCAGUCUCCACUGUGGUCGUGACCACAGCUCCAUCUCCUCAACAGGCACCUGAGCAACAGUGAUUACGAGAGAGAUGGCUUCCAUAAAAGACCAUACCUGGUCUGUCCUUCUGGCCGAGAGGAAGGGGGCAUGGAGGUUGUAUCAUUCCCCUGAGCUUAUCUGUUAGAGGCAGCGAGUGGGGGCGUGAUGGCAACAGUGGCCUGGAUUCUCCUGCCUCACUUCACGGUGGGAGCACCCUGAGAAAGGUUCACUCCAGGGCUUCAGGUCUGCUCUCUACCAAGCCAGAAGAUUCUGUUGGAAUUGGAGGAGGUCAUGGUUAUGUCAUACAAGCCAGAGUUCUCUCCUGAGAGUAAGACACCCAGGGCAGGCUCACCAGAGUGCACAGACAGUGAAAAAGCCUCAUUCUAUAUGAGGGUUGUAUUUUUAGCUUCUGGUCUUCUCCAUGACUAGUGGUCUGGAUAUGAGUCUCGCGUCCAGAAAAUUUUAUGUAACUUAUUUUUUUAAAGAGACUAUUGUACAUCUUUAUCAAGUAGAAAUCUGUGCUCUAGCCCCUCUAAACCGAUUACUUAUCCUUUUGACCAGAACAAGAGAAUAGCAAGAAUCUUAGUAAGUUGAUGGUCGACUUGAUAACUAGAUAGUAAUCAAGAGGCUGUAAGGUGGGGAAAACCAUAGAAAGUGGGGUAGUGUGGAUUCCCUGAAAUGGGAUUAGUUUGGUGCAGCCUCUUAAAGAUGGGUGUUGGGAUCUUGGUUGUGGUCCCUACCUUCACAGGCUGACUUUGUCCUUCAUGGCAAGCCUGUUCACAUGGCAGUCCAGAGCCAGUGGGCAGAGAGGAGGGAAUGACAGUGGAGAUGCUGCAGACUUUGUUGCAGUUCUGUUGCAGUUCAGAGAUUGUGCAUUCUGCUUUGCUCCAGAGCAAGAGUUGCAAACCAGGCCCUUAGGGCUGGCUACCUGUUUUUGUAAAUAAAGUUUUAUUGGA